CUGCGUACAGAAAAAGCCAAGCUGUCCCAGCCUCCUGUCAUCGAGACCAGCCCUCCUAUCAAUGUGGCAUCGGUUCGACCACGCAAGACCUCAAUCUCUCGUAUGAGCAGCCGGGAGAAGAUCUGCCUCCACGAGAGGGAGAAGCACCCUCCCCCUGCCCUGACCAGCAGCCCUGCUGAGGAUGAGGAUGAGGAGGGGGUACAGACUCAGCAUGGGACACAGGGACAGGCCCAAGCCUCCAGCAGCUCCAGUUCAGAAGAAGAGGAGGACGAGUCUGAGAGCGAUGCAGAAUCAGAGAAAGCCAAAACCCGAGAGAUCAUCAACAACUUUAACAACAAACGCAACAGCUCCUCCCCCCACACUACCUCCAUGGCAACCAGCACUUCAGGAAACACCGUUAAAAAGCAGGACCCAGGGAAGCCCCCAGCCCCAGAGGCAUCACCUAGCUCAGCCCCUGGUGCGGCCCCUGGCUCCUGGAGGACCUCUCUUCGUAAAGCAGGCAGCUCCGUGACCCUGGGGCCUUCAGGUACCACCGACCCAAGUCAGGAGUCCACCCGCGGGGCGCCUGAGUCGGGCCUGGGUAUGAUCCGCUCUGCCUCCAGCCCACGCCUCAGCUCUGACACCAGUACAGACACCAAGGAACCCAGGACUGCCAGAGUGAACCCCAUUCCAACCAGACGUCUCUUCAGUAUACCAGACAGCAACCCAGACAGCACUAGCAGCUCAUCCUGUGGACGCAGACUGGAUGACCCCACAGUGACCUCAACAACAGGAACUGGAAGUAGCUUCUCUGCUGGACUCAGUCGUCUCAACAUCCUAGUGGCCCAGAGACUGGCUCAGGAGCAGGCAGAGAAGAAGAAGGAGCAGUGUUCUGUCACCUCCAACUCUGUCACCACGACGACCGGCGGUGACUUGGAGACAAAGCAGAGGCGCAAAUCCUACUUGACCCCGGUUCGUGAUGAGGAGGCGGAGGCUCAGAGGAAGGCUCGAUCCAGACACGCCAGACAGUCACGACGAUCCACUCAGGGCGUGACGCUCACAGACCUGCAGGAAGCUGACAAGACAAUGAAGACAGCCCAGACGGACGCAGGGAGAGAGAAGACCAGGAAAGAGGAGGAGGAGGAGGCGGCCAAUAAGAAGAGAGCAGAAGAGGGG